AUGUCGCCAAGCAAAGGAGUUUCCCUGGUCUUGCUGUUGCUCAGGCUAAACCUACUGGACUGCCAACCCACUACAGAGAACAGGAAGGUCCCUCAGGGGACAGAGCCCCAGCAGGCCCCUACAGAAGGAGAAGGCAGAGUGCUGGGUUCCUGGGGUUCCUGGGGGCCCUGGGGAGGCUGCUCCCGCUCCUGUGGCGGAGGGGUGCAGGAGCAGUCCAGACCAUGCCUGCCAGCUCACACCCCCCAGGCUGCGUACGCCUCCAGGGCUGCCGCCCUGCCCGCUCACCCCCUGCAGCCUGGCCGCGUGGUGUCCGCCCAGCGCCCCGCUGUCCCUCUGCACCGUGACAUGGGACAGCUGCAGCACCCCAACAGCAUGCACAAAAGCGGGGAGCUGAGAGGCCAACGGGGAUAUUUAGCCACUGCACACAGGGGGGCUGGUGACAAGCGCAUUGCCCCAGGAAUGUACGGCUAUGGGAAGAUGCCAUACAUUGUGCCACUGAAAACAGACACUGGCCUGGAGAUGGGGGUCUCUCAGCCCCGCCGAAAGAGGCAGGCACCACCAGGCUCUCAGUCCCUAGCCCAGCACAGGAGUCAGUGGAACAUCUAUAGGCAGCAGAACCCCCGGUACAGCUAUUACAGCCUCCGUCACCAGAACCGUGAGUCGCAGCUAAGGAGCAGCCCAGCCAGGGUCUUCCCGCACCAGUCCAGUCCAGCAUACACUACCCAGCAAGACCUGCAGCCAGACGGCCGGGCUGCCAAUACCCAGCCCACCUCCUGUAGAGGAGCCCAGAAGCAGUACAAGAUAUGCAACACUAAUUCUUGUCCUCCAGCAAGCCGACAUAUCAGAGAGGUGCAGUGCUCCUCCUACAACAGCAUCCCCUUCAUGGGUCGACUAUAUGAAUGGGAGCCUUUCAACGAAGCUCGGAGUGACCAGCGCUGUCAGCUCAACUGCCGGGCUAUUGGUUUCCGUUUCUACGUGCAACAGUCUGAGAAGGUCAUUGAUGGGACACCUUGCGGUCAGAACGAGUCAUCCAUCUGUGUAGCGGGGAAAUGUCAGAGUCUGGGCUGUGAUGAGCUCCUGGGCUCCGGUAAAGUGAUGGACAAAUGUGGGGUGUGUGGUGGGGACAACACAGCCUGCAAGAUAGUGUCUGGUAUCUUCAAGCACACCCUGACGAAGGUGGGGUACCACAAGAUAGUGGAGAUUCCAGAGGGGGCCACCAAGAUUAAUGUCACCGAGAUGAUCAAGAGUCGGAAUUACCUUGCCUUGCGCAGUCGCUCUGGUCGUUCCAUCAUUAAUGGGAACUGGGCAAUCGACAGGCCAGGGAAAUACGAGGGUGUGGGCACUAUGUUCACAUAUCGUCGGCCCAAUGAGAUCCGCAGCACUGCGGGGGAGUCCUUUUUGGCAGAGGGGCCUACCAAUGAGAUCCUGGAUGUUUAUAUGAUCUACCAGCAGCCCAACCCUGGGGUGCACUAUGAGUUCAUUCUUCCUGCUGAGAAUGCUGUCAGUCCUCAGGUUCCUCCUGAUUCCAGGCCCAGUGGGAACACUUUGAAUGGUCAGGGUGAACGUGAACAUGAACGUGCAAGUGCAGGCAGGCACCCUCCCAAGACACCAGACAACCAAGUGCCAGUGGCCCAGCCACCCAGACGCCAGCGAGAGUACAACUGGAAACUUGUGGGCUCCACAGAGUGCAGCGCCUCCUGUGGUAGAGGUACCAGGUACACGGUGUUUCGCUGUGUCCGCAGAGCCACUCACGAGCAGGUGAUGGACAGCCUUUGUGACAGCUCCUCCAGACCCAGCUCACAGGAAGAGCCCUGCAAUGUGCACCCCUGCCCUGCCUUCUGGGACAUCGGUGAGUGGUCUGAGUGCAGCAGGACUUGCGGCUUGGGCAUGCAGCACAGGCAGGUGCUCUGCAGGCAGGUAUAUGCCAACCGCACCCUGAACGUGCAGACCAGCCGCUGCCAGCACCUGGAGCGGCCCGAGACCACCACCACCUGCCAGCUGAAGAUCUGCAGUGAGUGGCAGAUCCGCACCGAGUGGACACCUUGUUCCGUCCCCUGUGGGGUGGGGCAGAAGUCUCGGGAGGUGCGCUGCGUGAGCAACGUGGGCGACUUUGUGGCUGACGAGGACUGCAACAUGAAGCUGCGGCCAAACGACGUCGAGAACUGUGACAUGGGCCCCUGCGCCAAGAGCUGGUUCUUCACAGAGUGGAGCAGCCAGUGCUCCUCUCAGUGUGGAUUGGGAGUGCGAACCCGGAACGUACUGUGUCUGACCAAUCAUGUCAGCAGCCUGCCACUGGAAGGCUGUGGACUGGAGCGCCCCCCAGAGUCACAAACCUGUAAUAAUAGGCCCUGUGAAAAUCAGAUUGAGUGGUUCACUGGACAGUGGAGCCAGUGUUCUGCAGAGUGUGGCACGGGCAGCCAGCAGCGAGAGGUGGUGUGUCUGAUGAAGUCAGGUGAGGGCUUCACAGUGCUGCCGCCCUACGAGUGCUCCUCUCUGGACCGACCUGCAAGUCAGCAGAGUUGCCAGCUCAAGGCCUGCGGUGCCAAAUGGUACCACACAGACUGGAGUGCUUGUUCAAAGACGUGUGAGGGGGGGUUCCGGGUGCGGGAGGUGCGCUGUCUCUCAGACGAUAUGCUGCCUAGCGACGGCUGCGAGGCACAGCUGCGGCCAGAGGAGCGGGAGGCCUGCAGUCCAGAGCCCUGCGUCCCCGAGAUAGAUGAGAACUGUCGAGACAAAUAUUUCAACUGCAACGUGGUGGUUCAAGCUCGUCUGUGUGUGUACAAUUAUUACAAGACGGCGUGCUGCGCAUCCUGCACGCGAGUGGCCCAGAGGCAGCCGGGACACCGAGGACGCAGAUGA